AUGCAGUUAUUCAGAUUAUGAUGAAUCUUCAGAAUCCUCAUCCGAAGAUGAAAAAGAUGAUUGUUGUUUCAAGAUUACCCAGAUGCCACAAGAAGAAGUACUUCAAACAUCUCAAGAAGAAGAACUUCAGACACCGCAUCUACCAGUAACCAUCUUUGAUCCCUCAAAAAGAGAAAAGCCAGUGCAUGCAAUCGCAUUUAUCGACACGGGAGCUCAUACAACAAUCAUGAACCCAAAGAUUCUCUCACGAGCCAUGUGGAUGCCUCAUCAACAAGAUUUCAGAGUCGUAAACUCUGGAUCCCUCUCGGUUAAGCUGAUAUCAAAACCAAUCACGAUAGAGCUUUUUCCAGGAUGUCAAGUUAUUAAAGAAGUACUAGGUUCAUUUGUACCUGGUAAAGAGUUAAUCCUUGGAUGGGACGCAUAUUCGGGCACCAAGAACACUUUAGCUGACAUGCUUAGCCGAAAACCAGUAAAACAAGAGACGCCCUACGAGAUACACAUGAUGGCCAGUUCCUCCGAAUCCAAGAAAAGCUGCUAUGACUUUGAAGCCGACGUACCCGAAGAUGUUCAUCAACUCAUCAGCAGAAACAAGCUUCAUGAACUAUUACGUACAAAGAUCUUCUCAUAUCAAUCUAUAAUCUUGUCGAACUAUGGAGUAAACUGUCACCACAUUACUCCAAUGGGAAUUCAUCCUGACUAUCCGUUUGCACAUCUCUACAGGAUCGAGAAUUCAAACAUGCCAGAAGAAGUUCUCUGUUUCCUUUGGUAUCUCUGUGCUGUCUACACUAUAGGAAUUGCUUUCGACAUCCAGUGGCUAUACCAUUACAUCAACACUGUUCAAGACAAAAGAGACUGUUUCUCAACGUUCCUAAGGGGAGUUCGUCCAGAUUUCAACCUUGAAGAUAACGAAGCAUACGAAAACUUCCAAACUCAUGCGUUUCACCUCAACAAUGCAAGACAGACGUUUCCUAUUCCGUUCAAGCCCAACUGGGUUCACUAUCCGGUCGAUUAUCAGAUGCAGCUUGAUGAAGAUUUACAGUACUACAUGAUGAAGUUUGACAGAGGAAUAUCAAAUAGUUCAAAAGAAGAAACAACUUCCCAGGCGACUUCUCAAGAUUACUGUGCUGAUCUCUUUAAGGAUGCUCAAUCUCCAGAUGAUGAAAUAAAUGUCGAAGAUAUCGAAGAAAAGUUCAAAUUCUGCAUAAAUGUUCAACCAGGAGAAGAAGCACGAAUGAUUGAAGACUCGUAUGAAUGUCCAAAUGAUCACUAUGGAUGCUGUGAAGAACAUAUGCUGGAGUUCGAAAUGGAUCAUUAAAAGGUAUGGAAAAGUAAAAUAAAAUAAAAUAUAUAAU